AUGAAGUGGUUACUGUUUCCGGCAAGAACCAUAGCACGCACCCGACCCGGCCUCCUUCUGCUGUACAAAAGAUCCAUUUCACAGUACUUACGACCUCGAACCAUUGAAAACCUGCAAUCAAUGGCACAAACACCCGAACCUAAAACCAAGCUGUUUAAACCCCUGGUCUGGAUCGACUGCGAGAUGACUGGCCUGGACCACGUAAAUGACAGAAUUAUCGAGAUCUGUUGCAUCAUCACCGAUGGACAUCUGACGCCCGUCAAAGCGGCCGAUGGCCAAGGGGAGUCGCACUAUGAGAGCGUCAUUCACUAUGGUCCCGAGGUGAUGAACAAAAUGAACCAGUGGUGUAUCGAGCACCAUGGCGACAGUGGUCUCACAGCCAAGGUCUUGGCAAGUGACAAGACCUUGGCCCAGGUAGAAGACGAGCUGCUCGAGUACAUCCAGCGUUACAUUCCAGAUAAAAACGUCGGCGUCCUGGCAGGCAACAGUGUGCAUAUGGACCGUUUGUUCAUGGUCCGCGAGUUUCCCAAGGUCAUCGAUCAUCUCUUUUACAGAAUAAUUGACGUCAGCAGCAUCAUGGAAGUUGCCCGUAGACACAAUCCCGCUCUACAAGCACGUAAUCCAAAGAAAGAAGCUGCCCACACUGCUUACAGUGACAUCAAAGAGAGCAUAGCCCAAUUGCAAUGGUAUAUGGACAACUACUUGAAGCCACCACAGGAGACAGAGUCGGUCGAGUCAAUCGGGCCUGAGCAGCCGGAGUCACCAUCUUCAUCUACCUCAUCUUUGAAAAGACAACGCACCGAUUUUUAA